AUGAUCUCUGAUCCUUUCUUUGAGGGAUCGAUUGGUCUUGCCCACAUAAAAACAGAAACAGGUCUGACAAGUAGCCACAUAGACAACAUUUCUAGUGUUACAGUCAGACCUGUUUCUGAGUUCCCAAAUUCUCCCUAUUUUUCUAGAAAUGGCCCUGUUGUAUCUAUUCCAUCUAAGCAACGUCGGCAUUCCUCUCUUGCAUUACCACUAGGUGACAACACCUCGUUUGUGCAACAACUUAUCAAUGACAAAUGGGAUCUUCUAAUGGUGGACCAACCAGUGAGGGAGUUAGUUGGAUUCAUUUUCAUAUCCAACCCUUUCCUGCCUUGGUCACAGCGAUACUGGGUGAAGCAGUGCUUGAAAAUGUACCCACAGAAGCCUAAUGUCUGCAACCUAGACAUGCAUAUGUCACCCGAAGAAACUACCGAUAUAUGGGGGAAGAGUAUGCUCCAUAUGAGGCAGAAGGGGUCCAGUAAACGUGAAUCUAAAUGCUUGCUGGAGAAGCUUCGUUGGGUAACUCUGGGAUACCAUUACGACUGGAAUACCAAGACAUACUCUGCUGAACACUACACUCCUUUCCCGAGUGAUUUGGCGUUCCUUUCUGAACAAGUAACUGCUGCUUGUGGGUUUCAGGGCUUUACAGCUCAAGCAGGUAUCCUUAAUUACUACCACUUUGAUUCUUCACUGGGAAUCCAUGUCGAUGAGUCUGAGCUGGAUCACUCUAAACCAUUGCUGUCAUUUAGUUUUGGACAGUCCUCCAUAUUUUUGUUAGGUGGGCUAAAGAGAGAGGACAUGCCCAUUGCUAUGCUCAUGCACAGUGGUGACAUUAUGAUAAUGUCUGGGUUUAGUCGCCUUUUGUACCAUGCAGUACCUCGAAUUAUCUCCAAUCCUGAAGGAUGUCCUGUGCCAAGAUGUCUUGAACCAGCCAUUUGUACAGAUAGUGUUACCGCAGACUCCACUCUUUGGUGUGAUGAAGCUGACUGGGAAAUCUGUGCCAGUUAUCUAAAAAAUUCUCGUAUAAAUAUGACUGUGAGACAGGUUCUUGCAGAUGGACAAGUGUUCCCCAGCAGUGGCAACAAAACUAAUGUAAUCCAACCUGGUUCUUACUACUCAGAGGAUGUGAACAAAGAAGAAUAUGGUGCUAAACGUGAGAAAACAGAUGAAAUUGUGGAUGUUCACACACAAAUUGAUAGCUGAUAUUUAUUCAGGCAGCUUUUCUGUGCAAAACUGGCACUUUGAUGUGCUUUUUUUUAACUGUUUUAGGUUAUUGUCAAUGUUUAUUUUUGUGGGGUUGUUACCCCUUUUAUGCACUGACCUUUGGUACCAGUACCCACCCAGUCUCUCGUUUAUGCAUUAAUAUCGCUAUGUAUUUCCCUUCUUUGAGGUGUGAAUAGGGAUUUUGACAGUAUGAACUUAGAACCGUCAUACUAUUGGCAGUAAUGGUUUAGAGACCACUGUGUUUUCCUUUGUGUUCCAGCAUGUACAUAUUAAAUUCUGACACUUUCUCACCUCCAGUAAGGCAUCAGAUGCAGUCUUUCACUUGUAGUUAGACUAAAUAAACAGAUUAAUAAUUCUGUCA